AUCAGCAAGCUGCAGCUGCAAACCGUCAAAGAGCGAUUUCAGGCAUUCCUCAAUGGAGACACUCAGAUUGUGGCUGACGAGGCUUUUAUCAAUGCUGUUCAGAGCUACUAUGAGAUCUUCCUGAAAAGUGAUCGUGUGUCACGGAUGGUGCAAAGCGGUGGUUUUUCGGCCAGCGAUUCCCGUGACGUUUUUAAGAAGCACAUAGAGAAGCGGGUUCGCAGCCUGCCUGAGAUCGACGGCCUGAGCAAAGAGACUGUGCUGAGCUCCUGGAUAGCGAAAUUUGACACCAUCUAUCGAGGAGAGGAAGACCUCAGGAAGCAGCAGCAGAGGAUGACAGCCAGCGCUGCUUCUGAGCUCAUCCUGAGCAAGGAUCAGCUGUAUGAGAUGUUCCAACAGAUCCUUGGGAUCAAGAAGUUUGAGCACCAGCUGCUCUACAAUGCCUGCCAGAAGCACAUAGAGAAGCGGGUUCGCAGCCUGCCUGAGAUCGACGGCCUGAGCAAAGAGACUGUGCUGAGCUCCUGGAUAGCGAAAUUUGACACCAUCUAUCGAGGAGAGGAAGACCUCAGGAAGCAGCAGCAGAGGAUGACAGCCAGCGCUGCUUCUGAGCUCAUCCUGAGCAAGGAUCAGCUGUAUGAGAUGUUCCAACAGAUCCUUGGGAUCAAGAAGUUUGAGCACCAGCUGCUCUACAAUGCCUGCCAG